AUGUUUAAUGAAGGUAACCAAGGAAAGUAUGAACUAUGGAUCAAGUGUUUAGGGAUUCCUUGUUUAAAUAAUGUUUUAACAGGGUGGAAAUAUUCUGAUAGGUGUUAUAGAACGGCUUUAAUAAUCGCCGGCAGAGGCUUAGAUGGUAUCUCAUUGGCAAACUUUAACAAUGAGUUAUGUGAUGUCUUCCGAGAAUUAAACGGCAUUUAUCAUUGGACUAAGUACGACAGCCAAAACAGAAGAUGGUCGUCGCCUAUUCCUAUAUCCAAUGGUACAAUCAAAUCAGCAUCUCGACCUGCAGUUGCCACAUUCAACGAUCGUUUGUAUUGCUUAUAUCGUCAUCACCCGAGUAAUAAACUAUAUUGCAUAUCUACUAGCAAUGGGAGCAGCUGGACCAGUCCCGCCGACGCAGGAGGAAAUGGCGCCUUGACAAAUGAUGGCCCAGCUCUUUGUGGAUACCAAGGCAGACUUGUCAGCGUGCAUCGAGGAACAGACAAUCAUGUGCACUGGAAUCAAUCUACCAACGGUACUACUUGGUCAAAUACAUUACGUAUCUCUUCCUCCAUUUCAACAACCAAACCACCAGCCAUAGAGGUUUUCAAUGGAGCUAUAUACUGUUUCAUAAGUAAUUAUGGCCAACAUAGACUUUAUACCUCCAAGUACAAUGGUAGUUCGUGGAAUGGUUUCCAUGAUCUUGGAGGCAACUUGGAUUCUGCUCCUCAAGUGGGAAUUUCAUCAGGGGGCACCAUGAUUGUAAUGCGGAAAUCGAGAGAUGACUUUCUUGUCAGAGUAAAAGAAUGUGACAAGAAUGGCAAUUGGAUCCCUGGCAUUCGGUGGUGGCCCGAUGUCAAUACUUCUGGCGCUCUGGGUAUGGCUAAUUGGGAUGGGGUACUUUGGGUUUAUGCUGGCUCGGCAUCAAUUUAA